AGCUGUUGCUUUUUCAACUUUCACUUUGGCUGGCGGUUGUUGGAGCUCUCGGCUUUUUGAGUGGCCAAAAGUUGUCGGGGGAGUUGUUGUUUCGAUGAAACAGUUAUGUUGCAGUAAUACCCGUACACGCACGCAAUCACACCCAACAUAAAAGCUAUCAUGGCCGAACUACGGAGUCGCCACAAUGGAACCAUUGCCGUGGAGAAGGAAUCCCAGCCAAGCAACCACAACAACAACAAGCUGGAUAAGGAACUAUCAAAGAAUGGGAACGCGGAGAAAAGUGACCCGAUGAUAUACAUCAUUUUUGUUUCUUUACUCUUUGAUUUGCUGGCCUUCACCAUUAUUCUGCCACUGCUGCCGUCGCUUCUUGAAUAUUAUCGCCAAAACGAUAGUUCCGGGCUAUAUGCCGUGCUCACGGAUCGUGUGCGUUGGUUCCAGCAGCUCCUUGGCGCCCCGGAACGCUAUAUAUCGGUGUUAUUUGGAGGCUUCCUAGGCUCCAUGUUCAGUUUCCUGCAGUUUGUGGCAAGUCCAAUUGUCGGAGGGCUCUCAGAUUACUAUGGCCGGAAGCCUGUUCUGCUGGUUUGUGCGGCUGGGAUUGCGCUAUCCUAUCUGAUCUGGGCCUGCUCCAGCAACUUUGCCCUUUUCGUUUUGGCCCGAUUUGUAGGCGGCAUCAGCAAGGGCAACAUAUCGCUGUGUAUGUCCGUAAUCACAGAUGUAUCCAGUGUGAAGACUCGGGGCCGCGGCAUGGCAUUGGUAGGAGUGGCCUUCUCCCUUGGCUUUAUUGUGGGACCUAUGAUUGGUGCUGUCUUCGCCAUAUUUUCGGAUAAAAGUGGUAGUGCCUGGUUUGUGCUUCCCUCCCUAUUGGCAUUUGGCCUGGCAGCUGGAGAUCUCCUGGUCCUGUCAUUCUGCUUGCGUGAAACAUUACCCAAGGAAAAACGUGUUAAGGAGAUAUCAUCUGCUCUGUCAUAUGGCCUGCAAUUGCUGAACUUCCAGGCCAUAUUUAGAUUUGCUGCCAUCAAAAAUGUUCCCAAGAAAGACAUCGAGGCCCUCAGAUCUAUAGGCCUGAUAUACUUUUUGUACCUAUUUUUGUAUUCCGGCUUGGAAUUCACAGUCACUUUUCUGAUGUACCACAAAUUUGGUUACACUUCGAUGGAUCAGGCUAAAAUGUUUUUGACAACAGGGAUUAUUAUGACUUUGCUGCAGGGAUCGGUAGUUCGACGAUUGCCAGAAGCGAAGAUCAAGGGUUAUGCCAUCUUUAGUCUGUACCUGAUUGUACCCGCCUUCGUAUUAGUCGGCCUGGCCGAGGGCAGUAGAAUGCUCUACGCCGGCAUGACUCUAUUUGCAAUCUCCACCGCCUUCGCUGUCACCUGUCUGACAACCCUCGUAUCCAAGUACGGAAACGAUGACCAGAAAGGCUCAGUAUUAGGCAUAUUCCGCUCCCUGGGAGCUCUGGCUCGUGCUCUAGGUCCAGUGGUGGGCUGCAUCGCUUUCUGGUGUGUGGGAUCGAGAAUCACAUAUAUAGCCGGUGGACUUCUACUCAUUUAUCCAGCCAUGGCCUUGCAGCGCGCUCGCAUUUAAGUGCAAUAAGAACAAAAGUUAUUAAUCACUGUAUAGAUCAACGCAAGUAUUAGCUGCACAUUAUACUUAAUUUAUUGUUUUGUACAACAAGUAUUUUAUAUUAAAAUAAACACAUUUAUAUUGUAUUUUAUAA